AUCAAAUUGCUAACCAUAGGUCGGUGAUCGUUAGAUUCCAGACGUCAUCCCUAGCGCCGCCGUCAAACUGUGGUGUUCCGUCAGCCUGCAAGGUUGGUGAUCGUAAGGUUUUUGCAAAGGCAAAGGUUUAUCAGUUUGGAGAAUGAAAACAAGGAGACGAAGACGAUAUCAUGGUAAAGACAGAAUCAGUGCUUUACCUGACUGUCUUUUGCUUCAAAUUUUGUCUAAUUUGGAAGUCUAUCGAGCUGUUCAAUUAUCCAUCCUCUCCACAAGAUGGAAGAAUAUCUGGAAACAUAUGUCCGUUGUUACUUUGCAUCACAGAAACUUUGAAUCUAUCGAAAGUUUUGCUACUUUCGUUUCUCAAUUUUUCUCUUUUCGGACUGGUAAAUCCUCUCUGCAAGCUCUCAAUUUUGAAUGCUUCCACUAUUUUGAUCCUGACCUGCUCAAAAGGAUUAUAAAAUACUUAUUUUCACACAAUAUCCAACUGUUAGAUAUGUCCGUGCCUUGUAGUCUCGAACACUUUCCACUUUGCACCAACUUUUCAUAUCAUUCUCUAACCUCUCUUAAACUUAUUGCAUGCCAAGAAAUUUAUCAUUGGGGUAGACAAGGACCAGUAUUUCCAAAUUCUCUUCAAUUUCCUGCAUUAACCUACUUGUAUUUAGGAUUCUUCACCUUACUCUGCACUACAGAUGAUGGCUAUGCUGACCCCUUUUCGGUAUUUCAAAGUUUGAAUACUUUGAUCAUUAAACAUUGUCCACUUUAUAAUUAUAUAACCAAUGUUGAAGACAGCCUCUUCAUAUCAAGCGUUACGCUUGUUAAUUUAACAAUAGUAUUGCCUGACAGUUACAAGUCUUACAAAUUUAAAUUAUCUACCCCAAAUCUUUGUAGCUUUAAUUUUACUGGUAAUCCUUUUCAAAAUCUAUCUGGGCACAAUAACAUUAGCAAUACCAAUUUCUCUUAUAUUAAACAUGUAAGGAUUAGUUUAAUAUCUAACAAAGUCGCAAAAUUUCCUUCAAUUCUAUCAAAUUGGCUUCUUGCCCUUAUGGAAUCAUUCACAGUCACUUCAAAGACUCUUAAGAUUCUCAACUUAUUUCCAAAGUCAUGGAAGAUUGAUUUCCCUUAUUUACAUAACUUGAAGUUAUUGAAAAUAGAAACACAUGAGUUUUCAUCUCUACCCGAUGGAAGAGAAGACUUUUUGCUUCAAAAUGCACCGUCAGCUAAGAAAGUCAUUUUCCCAGGAUUUAGUUUGAAGGAUUUAGCCAAAGAAGAUCGGAGACGUAUAAAGCAAUUCCGAUACAGAUACUGACAAACCGACACCAGUAACAAUUUAAGAAAAUGAGUAAAAUUAAAAGUAAUGACAAAUGUCGGUGCAGGGUGCAGGUGACACUGUCGGUGCUACAUAGGAUUUUAUGUCCAAAAGACAUCUUUCCAUAGCUAGAUAGCAUUAUUAAAACUUAUUUAUUUUCCUUACAACUUAUUGAAUUAUGGUUUUUAUUUUGUUUGUCAAGAGGAUUUAUAUAUUUCAACAUCUUUUAUUUUGUUGUCAAGAGGAUUUGUCUAUUUCAACAUUUGUGUCAUGUGUUUGAUCCUUCCAUGUUGAAUUUGGACCGUACACCUAUGUGUUGUAGUGAUUAUGUUACGCCGCAUGAUCCUAUCAUAAUAGGAUAUUGUUGUUUUUUCAAA